AUGCGCUCCAAAUCGGUUGCUCGACGAUUUGCUCAAGGCAUCAGUGGCGACGACUCAGUGGCCGCAUCCCGUGGACUUCCAGCGAAACUCGAAGUGCCUCCCGGACUGCAGGUGAUACCGAUGAGCAAGCAUCACGAGCACGGUCCGCCAGAGCUUAGCCUCCCGUCGGCGCUCCACCACCACCACCUGCUGCCCACGGAGGAUGAUGUCCGCGAACGACUAAAGAGCGCGGAACAGUUCCUGCUGCAGAUGGCUCGACUCCAGCGCCCACCGCCGGACCUGGACGUGCAGACGGGGUCCGUGGUGGCGCUCAAAACCAUCCCGAAAGGGACCCAGUACGGUCCGUUCGUUGGGAAGCUGGUUCGGGACCCGAUCGAUCGGCGGUACGCCUGGGAGGUGAUUGAUCUGGACGUCCGCGGUUGGCUCGAUGCGACACUGGAGCCGACGAAUUGGAUGAAAAACAUUCGCUGCACGUCGAGCGGGGCCGAAGUGAAUGUGAAUCAUUUCCUCAAAGAUGGUCAUCUGUGGUACGAAGUGAUAUGUGAUAUCAGCCCCGGAAGGGAGCUGCUGUUGCGCCCGAAGGUUCCUCUGCAUCCGCGCGACGGUCAAGAUGAGCGCAGCGAACGUGGCGGUGACGGCUCACAGCACAGUGAGGCGUACGAGGACGAGUACAACACUUCGGCCGAUCUUGACGGUGGCCGGCACCAGCAUCACCACAGCGGUAACGGAACCGAACAGCAGCACCACAGCAACAGCAGCAGCAAUAGUAGCAGCAACAGUAGCAACACCAGCAACAGCAGCAAGGACGUCCGCGGCACCGGUGGCCGUCGACAGCGAGCCAGUAGUCGGGCGGCAGCGGCAGCAGCGGCGGCUGCGAACGGAACCGGAAGUGCCGACCAGGACGGUGAGGAGCAGCACCACCACCCGGAGGACGACGGUGACGGGGUACCGGACGACGAGGACGACGAGGACGUCGAGGGCAACAACACCCGGUGUAUCGUCUGCGAUCGCCAGUGUCACGAUAUCGAUCAGCUCGACAACCAUCUGGUGAUCUCGCACCACUACACGAAGGACGCGUACCGGUGCGAUCUGUGCCCGCGGGCCUACAGCUACCGGCCAUCGUUGCUGCGCCACCGGGCGAUCGUUCACGGCGAGCUGCGGCGCUUUCACUGCGAAAACUGUCCCAAGGUAAGGUCACUCGUUUUCACCGAUCCGUCGAACCUUCAGCGCCACAUCCGGACGCACCACGUCGGCGCCCGGAGCCACGCUUGCCCGGAGUGCGGCAAAACGUUCGCGACCUCAUCCGGACUCAAGCAGCACACGCACAUCCACUCGUCGGUGAAGCCGUUCCAGUGCGAGGUCUGCUUCAAGUCGUACACGCAGUUCUCGAACCUGUGCCGCCACAAGCGCAUGCAUGCCGACUGCCGGAUGCAGAUAAAGUGCGACAAGUGCGGCGACAGCUUCAGCACGGUGACGUCCCUGUCGAAGCACAAGCGCUUCUGCGACUCGACCGCCGUCACGCGGGCCGCCAUCCACCACCAGCAGCAUCACCACCAUCAGCAGCACCAGCAGCACUCGCCCCUUCACCACCACCAUCACCACCAUCCGCACCAGCAUCAUCACCCGCAGCACCACCAUCGACUUCCGGGUGCACCUGGGUUGACGGGCCAACAGCAACAGCAACAACCUCCGGCAGCGGCCGGAGCCACAGCUCUGCCGACGCUACCGCCGAGCAUGGCGACGCCACCGAACCCGUUCCUGAUGUUCCCCGGGUCACCCUUCUUCGCGCCCGGCUUCCGGCCCCACCCGGGCAUCCCGGGCAUGCCGUUCCCGCCGAACCCGGGCCAAGCCGUUCCGCCGUUCCCGCUGUCGUUCUUCUCGAAGCUACCGCCGCUCGCCUCGAUGAUGACGCUCGAGGCGGACCGCAAAACACCGUCUCCUCCGCCCCACCGCCAUCUGGCGGGGCUAGCGGGUGACGGGACGUACGGGGGCCAGCAGUCUAUGAAGAUCUCGCCGCCGAUGGGCGAGGAAGCGUCGAGCCACCUGCGCCCAUCACCGGCCCGGCCCAUUCCGGUCAACUUUAACUCGCACUCCUCGGCCGCUGUGGCGCUCCUUUCCGGCGGUGGUGGCUCCCCACCGGGACCGGGGCUGUCGCUGACCCCUCGGGACCACUCCGCCGCCACCAACAACAAUCACCUCAAGGAGAACAACAACAACCACCAGGUCACCGGCCAGCGGGCACCCGAAAGUAGGGGAAGUUCGGUCGGGCGAUCGGAAGACACCGACGGGCAGGCUGCGCCGGGGAAGCACUUCCGGCCGGAGGACGGUCUCGGGGAGCCGAAGCCAUCAGUGAAGUCUCCCGCCCUGUCGCUGAUCGACGAGAAGCCCGUCACUCGGCGAAGAAGUCGGGGAGUUGACGACGGGAUGGACGCGGCCUCGGACGGGUCCUUGAACGAACGGAAGAAGAUCAAGAAGGAAGAACAAGACGAGGAAGAGGAGGAAGAGGGCACCGGAGGAGAGCAGCCGCUGGAUCUGAGUCUGUCGAAGAAGAGUUCCCCGCCGCUUCCGGUGGACGAGGAGGAAGUGGAUGAGGACGAAGAUGGGCACCGGAUCGUGAACCGCAGUCCGACGCCGAUCGAGGUGACGAGCCCCACGAGCCUGACCCCGACCCCGUCCGUCCCGACGCCCGGUUCAUCGUCGGAGGAGUUGCCGGUGCGGGGCACCAGGAACGAGGGCGGCCACAGAGGGAAAGCUAGCGUUGCUUCCCCCCGUGCGGAUGCGUUCGCACUGCCCAGCCCUUCGCCGUCACUGUCGCCGCGUCCUUCACCGUCACCCUCGUCACCGGGCGGAGUGGGCCACCAGCAGCAUGGCCAGCAUCUGCCACACCCUCACCAGCACCAGCACCAACACCAUCACCACCAGCAACCGAUCUCGUACCCGCGGCCCAUCUAUCCGCUGCUUCUGGAGGCGAUGUACCGGCCGGGCGGGGGCUUGGGAGCCCCGUUCCAGCGGCCCUUCAACCUGCUCGACUCGCUCGAGUCCAACAUCGAUCUGCUAAAGCGGAGUCGCCAGUACUUGCCGGCCUCGAAGGCGUUCCAUCAGGCGAUGGCCAUGGCAGGUCCGGGACAUGGUGGGCCGGGCUUACCACCGGCCGCUUUUGGCGGAGUGCCGGGCGGAGUGCAGGGACCGGGGCCCGCCGCCGGGCUCGUCGGCAAGGUCAAGGACCGGUACUCGUGCAAGUACUGCGGGAAGAUCUUCCCGCGGUCGGCGAACCUGACGCGUCACCUGCGGACUCACACCGGGGAGCAGCCGUACAAGUGUCGGUACUGCGAGCGCUCGUUCAGCAUCUCGUCCAACCUGCAACGUCACGUCCGGAACAUCCACAACAAGGAGCGCCCGUUCAAGUGUCACCUGUGCGAACGGUGCUUUGGCCAGCAGACGAACCUCGAUCGGCACCUGAAGAAGCACGAUGCGGACGCGACCGGCCUGGGGCUCGGGCUGGGCGAUUCACCGUCGUCGAACGAGGCCGAACGGGGUGACGACGUGUUCUUCGAUGAGAUCCGCUCGUUUAUGGGCAAAGUGACCUACUCGGGCCCGACGGCCUUGCUGGCGGCGGCGGCGGCAGCCGGUGCUAACGGGUUGACCGGCGCGGCAGGUGCCGCUAGUGCCGGACGAGGUGCCGUGGAGGAGGACACUGAUGAUAGCCGGCGGCACGAUUCGUACUCGACGCCGAUCGACGUGACGCGCCUGGAUCCGGGCGAACUGGACGAGGACGACGAGGACGAAGACGAUGCGGCCAGCUGCGACCGGGAGAGCGACCUCAUCAACAUCGAGUCGGACAAGGAAACGACCACCAACCACCACGAUGCGAUCGAGGUGUCCACCUAA